CUGGGAACACAGGGGGCUCAUGGGAUGCCUUAUAAAGACCUGUCACUAGUGAAGGGAGAGGCAAAGGGAGACCUUCAGAGACAAGCUAAGAGAAUGAGCAGAUAACAAGAAGACAAUAAGCAGUCAUUUCACAGAAAAGCUGCCCAGCAGAACGCCUACUGACAGAGAUGACAGGGGGAACAGAGCAAUCGCUGGGUGAGAAUUAGGAAGAAGGGCACAGAGGCAAGUGCUAGGCUGCUCAUCCGCUCUCCAUCACACACAGGCAUUAGCAGUAGCCAAGCCUAUCGACUCAGCAAUCUGCACUGAAAUAUGCUGCCUGGCCACAGGGACGCAGCUGAGGGAGGACCCCAGAGCAGCCAUGGCCCCCCUCAGAGCCCUGGGGAGAAGCAAAAACUGGAAGACGCCAAAGCAUUCUACGAAAACCUAACCCCAACCAAGAAGCCAAAAUCGCCAAAACCGCAGAAUGCAAUCACCAUUGCUGUUUCUUCACGGGCACUUUUCCGUAUGGAAGAAGAAGAAAAAGUUUUCGAGGAACAGGGACUAGAAGAAUAUGUUAAAUACCAACUGGAGCAUGAGAAUGAGCCAUUUAAACCAGGAGCAGCAUUUCCAUUUGUUAGGGCACUGGAAGCUGUUAACGCUCACCUACGUGAGCUAUAUCCUAACAGUGAGGAUCUGUUUGACAUAGUCCUCAUGACCAACAACCACGCACAAGUUGGAGUAAGACUCAUUAAUACCAUAAACCAUUACAACUUGUUUAUUGAGCGAUUCUGCAUGACUGGAGGUAACAGUCCUAUUGGAUAUCUGAAGGCCUAUCAUACAAACCUAUAUCUCUCAUCUGAUGCUCAAAAAGUGCAGGAGGCCAUAGAAGAAGGUAUAGCUGCUGCAACAAUUUUCAACCCAAGUCACAAUGUGUCCAUUAAUGAAGAACAGCUACGAGUGGCAUUUGACGGAGACGCGGUACUGUUUUCCGAUGAGUCAGAGCAGAUUGUGAAAGAACAUGGCUUGGACAAAUUCUUUGAGCAUGAAAAGGCGUUUGAGAACAAGCCACUGGCACAGGGACCAUUAAAGGGUUUCCUGGAAUCUCUAGGGAAAUUACAGAAGAAAUUCUAUCACAAAGGAAUGAGAAUGAACUGCCCAAUACGUACGUACUUAGUUACGGCUCGUAGUGCAGCCAGUUGUGGGGCACGAGCCCUGAAAACCUUACGCAGCUGGGGACUUGAGACCGAUGAAGCUCUCUUCUUGGCUGGAGCACCAAAAGGACCUAUGCUCGAAAAAAUACGCCCACACAUAUUCUUCGAUGAUCAGAUGUUCCAUAUAGAAGGGGCCCAAGAGAUGGGAACUAUAGCGGCGCAUGUCCCUUAUGGUGUGGCGCAAAGACACAAAAAAACCACUAAGUGAGACUGAUGUAAAAUCUUAUCCUGUUUGCCUCACCACCAUGGAAUCCAUUUUAUAUCUGACAUACAGAGCUGCUACAAAUUACUUUAAGAGCUAUUUAUCACACUGUACAAUUAAUAUGCAGGUAAUAGUCAGAUAGUUUAACAUAAGGUGACUAUAGGAAUGUUCACACAGCAGAUUUUCUGCUUGGCUUUCCAUGUGCAUUCUGAGUUAAAAUCCAAAUGGAAUAUAUCUCCUGUUGUUUCAGUGGGAACCUGCACUUCCAUUGUUACAGCCACAGAUUUUUUGGGGGCUACUGCAAAUUUUCUCUGAAGUGCAUUUUCCACUGUGUGAACAUACUUCAACUGGGCUGUGAAUUUGAUGUGAAUUAUUUUGCGAAUAUAAUAAAUGGAGCCCGGAAUGUUAGUGUAAAUUAUCUUAAAUAUGCCAUAACAAAUAGUAGUUAAUGAAUGCAUGUGCACUAUUCUUAAAAGGAAUGUUUCAUCAGAAAAUUACUUUUUGAUUAAAAUGUUUUAAGUUAAAAACAUUUUCUUGAAUUUUUGGUAAUUUUUGUUUUAAUUUU